AUGGCCGGCACCAAGGGCAAGGUCUGCUUAGCCUAUUCCGGCGGACUCGACACGAGCACAAUCUUGGCAUGGUUGCUAGAGCAGCAAUACGAAGUUGUCUGCUAUUUGGCCAAUGUUGGCCAGGAAGAAGACUGGGCUUCGGUGGAGAAGAAGGCUCUCCAGAUCGGAGCCACCAAGAUGAUCAUCGAUGACCUUCGCAAGGUUUUCGUCGACGAAUUGUGCUGGAAGGCUGUGCAAUGCAAUGCUGUGUACGAGGACCAGUAUCUCCUGGGUACCAGCUUGGCUCGCCCUGUCAUCGCCCGCGGAAUGAUGAAGGCCGCCGAAAAGGAGGGUUGCGAUUUCGUUUCGCAUGGUUGCACCGGCAAGGGGUGGGUUAUACCCUUGACGAUCCUGAAUAAUGCAGCUAACAUCCUACUCAGCAAUGAUCAAGUUCGCUUUGAGUUAGCCUAUUUGACUAUUAAUCCCGCCAUCAAGGUCAUCGCCCCAUGGCGUGACCCUCUUUUCUAUCAGCGUUUCCAGGGACGCAACGACCUCCUUGACUACGCGGCUGAAAAGUGUAUCCCAGUGACCUCGACACGCGCGAAGCCGUACUCAAUGGACGAUAACUUGGCUCACUGCUCUUACGAGGCCGGCAUGCUCGAAGACCCCAACACCACCCCACCUGAAGACAUGUGGACGCGCACUGUCAGCCCUCUCAAGGCCCCCGACACUCCACUCGACAUCACCGUCCACUUCGACAAGGGCAUUCCCGUCAAAGUCGUCACUCCCCAGCAGACCGUCACUGAUUCCCUUGAGCUGUUCACUCUGCUCAAUGCUCUUGGCAAGGAGCAUGGUGUCGGCCGCAUCGAUAUUGUCGAGAACAGGUUCAUAGGCCUUAAGAGCCGUGACGACUCCCCAUGCAUGAGUAUCCUUCGCCUUGCUCACAUUUCGAUCGAGGGCCUUGUCCUUGACGGUCGUGUCCGCUCUCUGCGUGACAACUUAAGCAAGCAGUGGUCUGAGCUGCUCUAUAAUGGGCUCUACUUUUCGCCCGAAAGAGCGUUUUUGCAGCCGAGUCUUGACUUCUCUCAGCAGCGGGUCAACGGCGAGGUUCGCCUCCGUCUGUACAAGGGCAGCGCCUACGUUCUGGGUCGCACUUCCCAGGAGAAGCUGUACUCCGAAGAGGACGCCUCCAUGGAUUCGCUCACCACCUUCGACCCCUCCGAGACCUCUGGUUUCAUUACCAUCAACGCUAUCCGCCUCAAGAAGUACGGCCUGCAGAUGGCCGAGGCUGGCGUCGAGCUCUAG